AUGGCUGCUCCCCGACUUUUCCGCCCAGCAGCUCGUCUGCUUUCUUCGCGCCUUACUUCGGCUCCCCUUCGCCCUCAGACCGCAUGCGCGCCCUCAAUCCUGCGCUUCCGGGGAUAUGCUACGGAAUCUGGUACCAAGGAGGUCACUGUUCGUGAUGCUCUGAACGAGGCGCUCGCCGAGGAGCUGGAGAGCAACAAGAAGACUUUCAUUCUUGGAGAGGAGGUUGCGCAGUACAACGGAGCUUACAAGGUAACGAGGGGUCUGUUGGACCGCUUCGGUCCCAAGCGGGUCAUUGACACCCCCAUCACGGAAGCCGGUUUCUGUGGUCUCGCCGUCGGUGCUGCUCUUGCUGGACUGCACCCCAUUUGCGAGUUCAUGACCUUCAACUUCGCCAUGCAGGCUAUCGAUCAGAUCAUCAACUCUGCCGCCAAGACCCACUACAUGUCUGGUGGUAUCCAGCCCUGCAACAUCACUUUCCGUGGACCGAACGGUUUCGCCGCUGGUGUUGCCGCCCAGCACUCCCAGGACUACUCUGCUUGGUACGGCAGUAUCCCUGGUCUGAAGGUUGUGGCUCCCUGGAGCUCGGAGGAUGCCAAGGGUCUGCUGAAGGCUGCCAUCCGCGACCCUAACCCCGUUGUUGUCCUUGAGAACGAGCUGCUGUACGGUCAGGCCUUCCCCAUGAGCGAGGCCGCUCAGAAGGAUGACUUUGUUCUUCCUAUUGGCAAGGCCAAGAUUGAGCGCCCCGGAAAGGACUUGACCAUCGUCACUCUCUCCCGCUGUGUUGGACAGUCGCUCAACGCUGCCGCUGAGCUGAAGCAGAAGUACGGUGUUGAUGCUGAGGUCAUCAACCUUCGUUCCGUCAAGCCCCUCGACGUUGAGACUAUCGUCCAGUCGCUCAAGAAGACCGGUCGCAUCAUGUGCGUCGAGUCCGGUUUCCCCAUGUUCGGUGUCUCCUCCGAGAUCCUCGCUCUCUCCAUGGAAUACGGUUUCGACUACCUGACUGCUCCCGCCGUCCGUGUUACUGGUGCCGAGGUCCCCACCCCCUACGCCGUUGGUCUCGAGAACAUGAGCUUCCCCCAGGAGGACACCAUCGUCAGCCAGGCUGCCAAGCUCUUGCGCCUGUAA